AUGGAGCCUGAUACGAAAGAGGAGUCUGACUUCAGAGAUUUCAAUGACGAACUACCCGAUGACGAUGAUGAUUUUUUGGAUAAGAAUUAUGGUAAUGAAGCGGAGGAAGAUGAUGAAACUGAUAUUGAAGAAAGAGGAAGAAGUUAUGGGAAAAGUUAUAGAUCAGAGGAAGAAUUAGAUUCUAGAAAGACAUCAGCAAGAUCAAGUAGAGAAUCAUCUAUGGGACCUGAUCAACCUAGGAAAAGAGGUAGGCCAAAGAAACUUUUAACAGCAUCAGCUGUAAAAAUCAAAAAGAGGAGAGGAAGACCAAGAAAGGGAUAUGAGAACCCAUUAGCUGGGGUUUCACGAUUUGGUGCUGUAGAUGCUUCUGAAGAAAUACGAAGACGUAGAAAAUUAACCCCUGAAUAUGGUCCACCAAUACCUUUAACUAAACAUAGACAAUUACAAACACAAAAACCAUUAUAUAUUGAUAUGGAAAGAUUGAAAUCAGGUUCAAAUAAAAGACAAAAAUUGAAUACUUUAGAUGUAUUGAAAUUCUUAGUUAAAGAUUUUGAACCUAUUCCUAGUACCAAUGAUAGUAUCAAACCCAAAUUGAUCCAAAAAGAUAUGAAAACACAUAUACUUGAUCAUUUAGGACACUUGAGUGAUGUUCAUGGUAGUAUUGAUGAUUUAAAUUUCGAGAUCAGUAAGAUCCAAAAAGAGAAAGAAUUAACCAGGACCAAAAUCUUGGAAUUAAGGAAAGAUCAUAAUGAUUUAGGUAAUAAAUUGAAUUCUCUUAGAGAAGAUUAUCAACAAUCAAAGGAGAAUCAUGAAAAGUUUAUACAAUUAACUGAUAACAUUGAUGAAUUAAGAAGUAUAGUAAAAGGGGAUAAACCCAUUAAUAAUGAUAUAAUCAAGAGUGUUGAUAGCAAAUUGAAUCAUUUAAGUAAGAUCUUUAACCCUAUAGAUGGAGUUAAUGCAAAGAUUCAUGAACUUAAUAGAACAUUAACCAGAAUUAAUAAUGAUAUUUAG